GAUGUAGAGAUGUAGGGGAUGUAUGGACCUUGGUCCAUGAAGAGUAGGAUUAGCAUAAAUAAUAACUGGGAAGGGUGUGCCCGCGAGGCCCAUAAAGAGAAAUAAAAUAAUAAAUAAUUAGGAAGAGUGGGUUUGACCCAUAAAGGAGGAUAAAAUAAUUAAUAACUGAAAAGGGUGAACUUUAGUCCAUAAGGAACGAUAAAAUAAUAAAUAACUGGAAAAAGUGAGGCGGGGCUCAUAAAGAAGGAUAAAAUAAAUAAAAGGGGUGGUCGGCCGAGGUCCAGAAGAGAGAUAAAAUUAUAAAUUUUGCCCCGUUUAGCCGGUGCUAGGAACGGCCCUGUUCUUUCAUAUUGUCAGCAGUGUAUUUGACACUUUGUUAGCCUUUAUAUUUUACUGUUAACAAAUGCAAUAAACUGUAUAUUAACUGUUAAAAAUAUAUAUAAAAAAUAUUAUUAAAUAAAUCAUGCUUGUUUUAGUAUUAGGAGAUUUGCACAUUCCACACAGAUGCAGUAGCCUUCCAAGCAAAUUUAAGAAAUUAUUGGUGCCUGGCCGAAUACAGCAUAUUUUAUGUACAGGAAAUCUUUGUACUAAAGAAUCAUACGAUUACUUGAAAACAUUGGCCAGUGAUGUGCAUGUUGUUAGAGGGGAUUUCGAUGAGAAUCUAAAUUAUCCAGAACAAAAAGUUGUUACUGUUGGUCAGUUUAGAAUAGGAUUAUCACAUGGUCAUCAAGUUGUACCUUGGGGAGAUCCAGAAUCGUUAGCUUUAAUUCAAAGACAGCUGGAUGUUGAUAUUUUAAUAUCUGGUCAUACGCAUAAAUUUGAGGCGUAUGAGCAUGAAAACAAAUUUUAUAUUAAUCCUGGCUCAGCAACAGGAGCGUAUAAUCCCCUUGAUACAUCAGUCAUCCCAUCUUUUGUUCUUAUGGAUAUUCAGAGUUCAACAGUUGUAACUUAUGUGUACCAACUUGUUGGUGAUGAAGUAAAAGUUGAAAGGAUUGAGUACAAAAAGAGUUAAAAGAUAUACAAAGAUUUGAAAAUAUGUGUAUGUACUUUAAGUGAUAUAUAAUAUCCAUUUCAUGAAAUUCUGUAUCAAAAUUCAAUAAUAAUUCAUGUAUAAUUUCUGUCAGGUCUGAUAUGUAUCUGAAUCAGCAUUUAAGCUAAUCUUAUA